CGACCGGACUUUGCGAAGAAGCGGUGGGACGGGACUAGCUUGGGGUGGAAAGGCCAAGGAGAAGCGGUAGUAGCUAUGAAGGAAACACCGCUGUCUAAUUGUGAGAAGCGGUUCCUGCUACGGGCUAUCGAGGAGAAGAAGCGUUUGGAUGGACGACAGUGCUAUGAUUACAGAAACCUCCGCAUUUCCUUUGGGGCUGACUAUGGAUGCUGUAUCGUGGAGCUCGGAAAAACUAGAAUACUUGGACAAGUGUCAUGUGAACUUGUCUCUCCAAAGCCAAAUCGUGCAACAGAAGGUAUACUUUUCUUUAACCUUGAACUCUCGCCUAUGGCAUCACCAGCUUUUGAGCCUGGAAGGCAAUCUGAGCUGCUCGUAAAACUGAAUAGACUAUUAGAAAGGUGCCUAAGGAACUCCAAGUGUAUAGAUACGGAAUCACUUUGUGUUGUCGCUGGUGAAAAGGUGUGGCAAAUUCGUGUGGACCUGCAUUUGUUGAAUCAUAAUGGAAACAUUAUUGAUGCUGCAAGUAUAGCAGCAAUAGUGGCACUUUGCCACUUUCGGCGACCAGAUGUGUCUGUGCAAGGAGAAGAAGUCACACUGUAUUCCCCUGAGGAACGGGAUCCUGUCCCUCUGAGUAUCCACCACAUGCCUAUUUGUGUAAGCUUUGCUUUCUUCCAGCAGGGGACCUACUUAUUAGUGGAUCCCAGUGAACAGGAAGAACGAGUAAUGGAUGGCCUCCUUGUGAUUGCCAUGAAUAAACACCGUGAGAUUUGUACAAUUCAGUCCAGUGGUGGGAUUAUGCUCUUAAAAGAUCAGGUUCUGAGAUGCAGCAAAAUAACAGGGGUAAAAGUAGCAGAAAUCACAGAGCUAAUUCAAAAAGCUUUGGAGAAUGACAAAAACAUUAGGAAACAAGGGGGAAAAUUUGGAUUUGCAGAAUCUAUUUCCAACCAGAGAAUAACUGCUUUUAAGCUAGAACAGGCUCCAAUUGAUACCAAAGAUGUACAAGAGCAAGCUGAAAAAAUAAUUGCCAAAGCAGUCCCUCCUUCGGAUGUCUUGGCCAAGCCAAUUGUAUGGAGUUCUGGCACAGCCCAAAUUGGAGAAGGACUUGAGAAUUCAUGGGGAGAUUUUGAGGAAUCUGAAAAAGAAGAGGAGGAAGAUGAAUUUGCCCAGAAUGAACCUGUAACAGUAGAGGACCAAAAUAUGGAAACUGGAGAUGCUAAUGCUGGAAUCAUGGUUCAGAAAGAUGCAACAAUUGUGUUAUCUGACAGUGAAGAGGAAGAUAUUGUCAUUCUAGAGCCAGAAGUAACACACAAAAAGAGAACACCAUCUUCCCCCAAACCAGGCAGUACAAAAAAAAAGCCAGUUGGUAAAAAGAAGAAAAAAAGAGCUGUUUUGUAAAAUAAAACAUAAAAUAUUAUUUUUGUACAUUAAAGUUUUCCUAUACAAAAGCA